CUGUUCUGUUUCUCAAGCACUGGCCAAUAUGCUCCGUAAUACUGAAAAUGCCCUUUUGUUGGCGGGAAACCUUGACCGGCUUAGGGGAUUUGUUCGUCUUCAUUUACCCCCUUCUCUCCAGACUUCUCUCUAGGGUUUCUUGAAAGGAUCAAAAAGAAAAUAAAAUCGAAAAAACUGCAUUUUCUCUCAAAGAGAGAAGAGAGGAAGAAAAAUGCCAAUCUACAAGAUCAGAGGAAUCGACGUCGAUUUCCCGUUCGAAGCUUACGACUGCCAGAUUGUUUACAUGGAGAAGGUCAUCCAGUCCUUACAAGAGAGAUCUAAUGCUUUAUUGGAGAGUCCUACUGGAACGGGAAAGACUUUAUGUCUACUCUGUGCUACAUUGGCUUGGAGGAAGAGUUUGGGUGCUUUCUCAACUGGAUUGCCUGAAGGGAAGGGCCAUAGUUUUGGCAACAAAAGCUCUGAUCUUCCUUCUGAGGAGCCUGUGAGGCCAAAUCUACCUACCAUAAUAUACACCUCACGCACUCAUAGCCAGCUACAACAAGUAAUUCGAGAAUUAAAGACAUGCAAUUACAGGCCCAAGAUGGACAUUUUAGGUUCUCGGGAGCAAAUGUGCAUUCAUAAUGAAGUUCGUAUACUUCGCGGCAGAGCGCAAAAUAAUGCUUGCCAUUCACUUUGUAAAAAGCGUGCUUGCUUCCAUCACACCCGUGUUUCUGAUUACAUGAAGAACAAUCCUGCUCUUGGAAAUGAUCCUUUUGACAUUGAAGACUUGGUCAAUAUUGGACGAACCCAGGGGCCAUGUCCAUACUAUGUAUCACGAGAACUUCACAAGUCGGUUGAUAUCUUGUUUGCUCCUUACAACUAUCUUAUUGAUCAAGGGAACCGGCGUUCUCUUACUGGUAUUGAGUGGGAGAACACAGUACUCAUUUUUGAUGAAGCUCACAAUUUGGAAAGCAUAUGUGCAGAUGCAGCAUCGUUUGAUUUGCCUUCUGGUCAUCUUUCUGCUUGCAUUUCUGAAGCAAAACAGUGUGUCGACCUUUCUCUUGCUAAGAGGGAGAUUGAAAAGUCAGAUGAUAAAUCACUUGACCCAGAUAAUUUUGCAAUUCUUAGAGCUCUUCUGCUAAAGCUUGAGACGAGGAUUGCUGAAGUGCCUGUUGAAUCCAAAGAGUUGGGUUUUACUCGACCGGGACCUUAUAUAUAUGAAUUAUUUGCUGAUCUAAAUAUCACAUAUGUGACAGCAACUAUGCUUAUGGAUACAAUUGACCAGGCUGCAUUGCUUCUUGAGGAUGCUGCGGAUGCAAGCCAGCACAAGACAAAAGGCACCGUAUGCAGGCUGGAAAGCAUAAGGAGUGUUCUAAAUAUUAUCUUUAGACAUGAGGAUAAGUCUCAUUCAAAUUUCUACCGUGUUCAUGUGCAAGAAUCUCAGGCAAAUUCCACCGAUGUUUUUAAAGCCAAGGGGUCUAGAAUCCUCAGCUGGUGGUGUUUCAACCCUGGAAUUGCUAUGCAAGAAUUUGCAAAAAUGGGUAUCCGAUCCAUCAUUGUGACAUCUGGCACAUUAUCCCCCCUUGACUCAUUUGCGCAGGAACUGAAAUUAGAAUUUCCUAUUCGGCUGGAGAACCCUCAUGUUAUUUCUUCCAAUCAAGUCUGGGUUGGUGUUGUACCUACUGGUCCAUCCGGUCGCUCUUUGAAUUCGUCUUACCGAAAUCGUGAUUCUUUAGAAUAUAAGCAAGAGCUUGGUAAUGCUAUAGUAAAUUUUGCUCGAAUUGUACCUGAUGGCUUACUUAUUUUCUUUCCAUCCUACUACCUUCUAGACCAGUGCAUUGAGUGCUGGAAGACCAUGAAUCAUGUGAGCUCAACAAAUUUGAACACCAUCUGGGAAAGGAUCUGCAAACACAAGCAACCUGUCAUAGAACCCAAACAAUCUGCACUUUUCUCAUACUCUAUUGAGGACUUCAAGACCAAAUUGAAAGACACUUCUACUUCUGGUGCAAUUUUUUUUGCUGUCUUUCGUGGGAAGGUAAGUGAGGGUUUGGAUUUUGCUGACCAUGCUGGAAGAGCCGUGGUAAUCACUGGUAUGCCAUUUGCCAUGAGGACUGAUCCUAAGAUUCGUUUGAAACGUGAAUACUUGGAUCAACAGGCUCUCUCACAGAAGAAAGAACGUAAGCUGCAGGUUUUGACUGGAGAGGAGUGGUACAGCCAGCAAGCAGCACGGGCCGUGAAUCAGGCUGUUGGGCGUGUGAUCCGACAUCGCCAUGAUUAUGGAGCAAUAAUUUUCUGUGAUGAAAGGUUUUUGCAGCCAAGUCUUCAUUCCCAAAUGUCACUUUGGCUUCAGCCUUAUAUCAAGUGCUACCCUAAAUUUGGGGAUGUAGUUUUUACAUUAACUAGAUUUUUUCGAGAAAGAAGCAUAUGUUCUCCAGCUAAGCCAAAAAUAACACAAAGCGGGAGCACAGAGGUCUCAGAUUCAAUGCAUGCUUUGAAAUCAUUGUCCAGCGAGGGGAUACAUGGACGUCCAGGGAAGGGCGUGCCAUCUGUGUCAGACUUAUCAAAGCUGGUCCUUGAGAACGUAAAUGAGGGAAAGAUUUGCCCGCCUCAGAACAAGGUGUUCUCAGCUAAAACUUCCAACUACUUGCAGACUACGUCAGUGGCUGAAGAUUUUGCUAAAGAGUCAUUAUCUUCUAUUCUCGCGGCUAGCAGAGGCAACUCCUACAAUGAGUUGGGAGAUGUUGUUGCUGCCAAUCGCUCAACUCUUACUUCUAACAAACAAAAUCCUCACCUGAACUUAAAGAACUCUAUGAAUCUUUUUUGCUCUGAGAAUAAAUUGACAACUGCUGGUCUGAAGAAAAGAGAUACCCGGUAUCGGAAGUGUGAAGUUGUUGACUUGACUAGCAGUUCUUCGAUGGAUGGAGAACCAAGCAAAGAAGACAUGAUUAUGCCUUAUUCUUCCAAAAAGUCUAAAAUAUUGAAAUCGGGUCCGGAAACAAUAAAUUCUGAGAACAAUGCCUCUUAUGAGCGGUUAUAUAAUGCAUUGUCAGCAAAUUCACGAAUCAUCUCUUCUUCAACAAUUGGCUCUGAGAAACAUCAUAAACAAGUUUCUCAACUUUCCCAAUCCUGCACAGCAGAAAUUGGCACCAGCGAGGACGAUAGAAGCAUUCACCAUGCUCAAGUUAGUACUGGGAUGACCACUACUUUUGAGUCUUCAGCUCAAAGCAGCAGGGACAUUACUAGUUCUGUGCCUCGUGGUGAUGAGGAGACGAGAGGAUCUGCUUUUCUGUUGCAGGUUCAAGAAAAGCUUACAACAGCAGAAUACAAAGAAUUUGUUGGUUUCAUGAAGGCAUUGAAGUCCAAAACGAUGAAGAUAAUUCCUGUCCUGGAGUCAAUUGCAAGAUUAUUCUCUUCUCCAGAGAGGAUCGAUCUUCUUAGAAGAUUCAAGGAUUAUGUCCCUGCAAAAUAUCGCCCCAUGUAUGAGAAGAAACUUAUAUUGCAUGAUGCAGCGGUUGACAGUGAAUCUAUUCAAUUGUCCUGCAGAGCAAUCUAAUUGGAAACCUUAGCAUCAAGACGGGCUGGAGGAUUUCAGUGUGAAUCGUUUUUGCAUGGUUGCAUGUCUUGAAGCCACCUGUUAUUUUCCCAAGUCAUGACAGGCUGGAUGCAGUGGAGCAAUGGCAAAAAGUUUCACCAUUUCCAUAUGUACUUGGAUGAUUGGGAAGGUGGUAAGUUAUACAGAAGCUAUUUAAAAUGGGACGGGUGGAGCCUUGAUCAUGUAGCUCGCUUGUCAAGGUGUUACAUUUGGAACAUUUUCAAUUCGGGCAUUCUUUUGAGAACUUCAUUUUCAUUUUAGGUACUACGGAUAACUACAAUGUUGGCGUAUGAUGUACACUGAAGGGUGUGUUUGGAUGCACUAUCGAAUUGAAUCCUAGUCCAAUUGAUUGGAAAUUGCCAAGUUGUCAUCUCCUUCUAGCAUUGGUAUCGAGUGUGUAGGCUCCAGAUCACAGUCUCGGUACUUUCACGUCCAACCAAGCUGCAGUUUGAAUGAAACCUUCUCAUUGUGGACACUGGUUUAACUUCAUUCAUUUUGUCAUUUCCUCUCAAUUAAACUGAAUCUCUGUGAAUCCAAUUCACUUGUGUGUCCAAACACACCCUCGAUCCCUGUAAUUGUUCUGAAAAAUCAGGUAUCUGUUGAUUUGAGUUGUGAGUUAAUACAGACUGGGAGUCAGACAAAAAAAAAAUGAAAUGCUGGGUAGGUAAGGA